AUCUCUCCACACUUUCCGGGUUGGUUUUUCUCCUGAAUUCUGCUACGUGGCUCGUGAAGGCAGCAUAAACAGAAUAAAUUGCCUGCUUUUGCCUCCAAGAUCUAACUUCACAGCUUCCUGGGGAAGAAAGGAACAGUUCUACAGCAGAAGACAACCUACUCCAAAUUCACCAUGAUCAGCCUGAGGACAGCUCUCCUAGCCGCCUUCAUCCUGGGGGUUUCUUAUCAAUAUGCAACAGCCAAAUCGCCUAUUCCCAAGGAAUGUUGCUUUGAUUACGUGACUGGAGCCAUUCAGCUUGCUAAACUGGUGGAUUUCUACAAUACCCCCAGCGAGUGUCACUUACAAGCUGUUGUGUUGGAGACCCGUGCUGACCGCAAGGUCUGUGCUGACCCCUCAAAGCCUUGGGUGAAGAGGGCAAUCAGAGUCUUGCAGGCAAAGAGGAAACAAACCUCACGUUCUGAGACCCAAAGAUGAAUGCUCCACCCCAAAGCCAUGCCAGACCCUAUUGCCUCCACUUGUCUCUGAACAUUUCCUGUCUUCAUUCCACAUACCUCACUGGACUGUUCUUGUUUUGGCACUGACACACAGACAGCUCAGUCCUGAGAGAGUGAGCUCUGUGCACUUACAGAAGGACACACUGUGCAGUACAGCCAGAUACGUUGUGUUUCAGACUGUAAGCGUCCUUGCAAGAACACCCACAAGCUAUAACAGACGCACAAAUAAUAAAGCUUUAUCGCUACA